UAUAAGUGUCGACUGAAUUAGGGUUUUCUAGUUUAGGGUUUCCGGGAGCAGCCUGAGCAGAAGGAAGAAGAAGAAGACGAAGAGGAGGAGCAACAGCAACGAUGGUUCUCAAGACGGAGCUUUGUCGUUUCAGUGGGCAGAAAAUUUACCCAGGAAGGGGAAUUAGAUUUAUCCGAUCUGAUUCUCAGGUUUUCUUGUUUCUUAACUCAAAGUGCAAGAGGUACUUUCACAAUAAGUUGAAGCCUUCCAAGCUUUCAUGGACUGCCAUGUACAGAAAACAACACAAGAAGGAUGCAGCUCAAGAGGCUGUGAAGAGAAGAAGACGUGCAACCAAGAAGCCAUACUCUAGGUCCAUUGUUGGUGCUACCUUGGAGGUGAUUCAGAAGAAGAGAGCUGAGAAGCCAGAAGUUCGUGAUGCUGCCAGAGAAGCUGCUCUUCGUGAGAUCAAGGAAAGAAUCAAGAAGACCAAAGAUGAAAAGAAGGCUAAGAAGGUUGAAUUUGCUUCUAAGCAACAGAAGGUCAAGGCAAAUUUCCCCAAAGCUGCAGCUGCAGGAAAGGGUCCUAAGUUGGGAGGUGGUGGUGGCAAACGCUGAAGAGCCUAGCCAUCUCUCUCACUUUGUGUUUUCUGCGUAGUGGCUACUUUUUUUUUACUAGCAAUGUUGAUUCCAGAAUGUUAUGCCAAACGUAAAACCUUGUUAUCAGUUUUUGUCUCUUACUUUUGCAACUCUUAUAAUCUCAGACUUAAGAAUUUUGUUACUUAUGAAUUUCAUUUUACUACUC